AUGCAGGGUGGGUGCAUGACAUUGGGCUGCUUUCGGCACAGCUCGUUGCGGCAAUUUAAGAAGCGACAUAGCCCGCGCACCACGCAAAGGUAUUUGCCGCAACAUUGCGCAAGAGAGGAGUUGAGUCGUCACCCCCUGUGCUUGCAGAUCGACAGCCUUAACCCACUUUCCUACAAAAGGGUGGCAGGUCGGAAUUCCUUGAUCUGCUCGCGGGGGUGCUAA